UACCCCAAUAUUAAAGGAAGGGCUGGUGAAUCUAUACAAAUUAGGACUUUAGGAAUCAUAACAUCAUAAAAACAAUCUCUUUUGAAAUGAUGAAUCUUUUCCGAAUUAAUCAGAUCAAGGGUAAAUAUCAUUUAUGUCAUAUUCAUGUUUCAUGAUUGUGUAAGAAUUACAUAAAUAAAAAAUAAUUUAAACAAGGUUAAUAAUUUAUCAUUUUAGUGUAGUUCUUUUGUAUGUUUAUUGGGCUGUUUUUUGGUGCGCGUGUAUCAUGUUAGUAGUUGUAAAGAAGUAUAAAAGUCUAGCAUGGCAAUUAUCAGUGUUGCUCAACUCACUGAACACGGUAAAACACCCCCGUGCGAGCAGCGAGUUUAAGUUACGGCGGCAUCAUGCUAGAGAGGUUCUUUUUCACAAAACAAGGAGAUUUUCAUCCGCAAGAAUCUGACCCAAUUACACUUCUGUCGGGCCCCCCUUCCAGUGGUAAGACCUCAUUGCUGUUCCAGUUUGCAGUCAACUCAGCAUCACAGUGCAGCAAUGUCAAUUCUAAAGUGGUUUUCAUAUGUAGCCGGCGAAGGCUGGAAACCAAACCCCCUUACCUUGCCCAGGGCAUUGAUCCAGGUUGUGAUAUAUUUAAGCGAAUAAAAAUGAAAUAUAUUAAUGAUGAUGAUGAUGAGGGAAUCAAGAAGUACUUCGCUGCAUUUCACCUUAAGGAUACGUUUCCAGUUGCAGUUGUUGUUGAUGAUUUCGGAGAUUUCUUCUAUGAAAGGAGCUGUCAAGAGAGAUAUGGUAAUCCUCGUGGAAGAGACUUGGCAAUGGUUCGGACUCUAGCUUUGUGUCACAAUGCAAUAAUUUUUGCCAAUAAAACAGGGCCUUGCAGGCUUUUAUUAUCUGAUACGCACAAUGGGGAUUCUCCAAGGUCGCUAUUUAUCUACAAGAGGUGGAUUCGCACCAUUUUUACAGUCAAGGGUGAUGAUUCUGGAUCGUUUUGUUUGAAAUAUAACAAGUAUUCAGAAAGUGGGAGCUCUAAGGGCACAAAAACAGCCAAGUACUCCGUAGCGUUUCAGUAUUUGUUGUUGGAGGGGAUUACUGAGGUUGAUGAUGAGGAGUGAUUGAUUUUGUAGGUGAUUUGUGCAAGUUGCUUGGAGGGAUUAAUGAUGAUCGGUGAAUAGUGAUGAUUUUCGUUGGGUUGAUUUCUUUCACUAGAAAUGCUCAAAGAAAUCUGCAAAUUGAUAUUAUUGACAAAUGUUUAAUGUGCAUUCAAGUUGUGCCUUAAUAUAUAA